GACGUGGCUUUUUUAUUUUUGGGUUUCAAAGUUUUAAUCUUUGUUAACAGGUUUUUAGCCAAAGAAAAAAAAAUAUUUGCUAACAAAAACUCUUUUCUUUUCUUUUCGUUAUUUUUUUUUGUGAAAAAUGAUUUCUUGGAAGGAUUUGUACACCGUCUUGAAGGCGGUGAUUUCGCUUUACGUGGCGACGAUCUUGGCAUACGGGUUGGUGCGCUGGUGGAAGAUUUUCUCGCCGGACCAGUGCUCCGGCAUCAAUUGUUUCGUCGCCAUAUUCGCCGUCCCGCUCUUGUCUUUCCACUUUAUUUCCACCAACAAUUCGUACAAAAUGAAUUACAGGUUCAUUGUCGCCGAUACACUUCAAAAGAUUAUCAUGCUCGUCUUCCUUAUGGUGUGGACGAAUUUCACCAGGAACGAAAGCUUGGAGUGGAUGAUAACCAUUUUCUCACUCUCUACUCUGCCCUGGGGGCACCUCCAUCUCAACAAAAAAAAGGCCACGUUAGACCUAGAGGAACGACUGAUGGGCGAACUGUUAAAUGUUAACGGAAGCGUUAAGAGAGGGGCUGAUUUGCCACUGCAGUGGAAUUUCGAGUUACGACAACACGCCACCAAUCCGCCGUUUCAGAUUCUGUAUCAUCACAUUAUCCUCAUGCCAGGACAAAAUCCAAUCCGUUACCAACCACUUCCAUUUCAUGACCUCUACGUUGUCUGUCCUCGUGGCCCCCGUGACCCCACCGUCAUUCUCGCACAAUACAAGUUUCCUCUCUCCUGAACCCUUUCUUUUGUUUCUUCGGUGAUAAGUCUCCACAACCAUACUUAAAAACCUCAAUGACAAAAAAAUAAAAUGGUAAUUAAAAU